UUAAUUUGAGUGCGCGCUGCAUGCUAGUGCUGCCAGAUAGUUGGAUUUUGAAAUUGUGUCAUGCUGAGGAUGUGGCAGCGUCAAUAAGUAAAAAUCAUCGUGCUAUCGGCGCUGUAAGCGUCAUCGAUAACAUUCCGUUUUACUCAGCACUAUUUGACUUGUUAUCCAGCACUCUAGUUUGCUGGCAACAUAAAGCAGAAACGGAAGAGAGCGGGAGUACUUGUUGUUUUUUUUUAUAUUUUUUGCGCCACACGCUUAAGCAACCAGCAAAAGAAAAUUGAAACAAUAAGUUCAAGCAACACAAAAAACGAAAAGAAAUCAAAUUUGUUAAAGUGCUAAUAAGAAGCGGGUGAUAGUGUGAAAUGACAACGUCUUCGAUUAAACGACGUCGUUCGCCACACGAUGCACGGGCAUCGAACGAUGGCGAUGGCCUCCAGCAGGAGGAGAACGACUAUGAAACGGACAGCAAUGGCACGAGAGUGUUGGCCACUGACGCCAUCGAUGUCAAUGGCGUUACCAUCACUGCCAAUCUGGGCAAGCGUGACUCCGAGGAGGAUAGCUGGGCAUCCAAAGGCUAUAGCUACAUCAAUCCGUUCGUGCAUCGUAUACAAAUCGACAGUCACAUUGAUGUGGCCAAGAUCUACGUGUUGAGUGUGCUACUGCUGCCGAUACGUGUUGUGGGAUGUGUUCUGUCGCUGCUCUCGGCCUGGAUGUUCGCCUACAUCGGUUUAUAUGGUGUAUCCCUGGAGCAAUUACAGGCAAAGCCCAUCACCGGUUGGCGCAGGUGUUUUCAGUACUUGACAGCGCGUGCCAUGCGCAUGGUGUACACAUCUGGAUCGUUUCACUAUAUCAAUUUCAAAGGCACUCCCGCUACUCCAAAGGAGGCACCCAUUUUGGUUGUGGCACCGCACUCUUCCUACGUUGAUUCCAUAUUUGUUGUAUCCGGCCAUCCGCCAUCGAUUGUGGCCAAACGGGAGACGGCUGACAUUCCUCUGCUGGGACGCAUCAUUAACUAUGCUCAGCCCAUCUAUGUGCAGCGUGAGGAUCCCAAUUCGAGGCAGACUACCAUACGGCAAAUUGUUGAUCGCACACGUUCCAAUGACAAUUGGCAGCAGGUUGUUAUCUUUGCCGAGGGUACUUGCACCAAUCGCACCGCAUUGAUCAAAUUCAAGCCCGGCGCCUUCUAUCCAGGCGUGCCCGUGCAGCCGGUACUGCUCCGAUAUCCCAACAAGUAUGACACCUUCACCUGGACUUGGGACGGACCAGGAGUCCUGCGUCUACUCUGGCUGACAAUGACACAGUUCUAUAACCGUUGCGAGGUUGAAUAUCUGCCCGUUUAUACUCCCUCGCCAGCUGAGGUGGCCGAUGCCAAUCUCUAUGCUCACAAUGUGCGCGAAGUAAUGGCCAAAGCUUUGAAUGUGCCCACAUCGGACUAUUCAUUUGAGGAUGUUAUCGUUAUGAGUCGAGCACGCGAGAUGAAAAUCCCAUUUCCCGGUGACAUUGUCGAAAUUGAGCAUACGCUCGAUUCUCUGGGACUUUUUGACUCGAAGCGUGACAUGGAACUUUGCGAUAGCUUCCUUUCGUUAUCCAACACAGACACAGUGGACAUUAUUACAUUUGCUGAGCUGCUUCAAGUCGAUCUCCAGAAUCCCGAACUGCACAAAUUGUUUGCGCUAUUGAAUCAUCGUCACAAGGGUACAGUGAGUCUGAAGAGUUUUCUGCUUUGUUCGCUAUUUUGCAAAUUGAAGAAUUGCGAUAUUAUUACAUUUCUGCGAUCGUUAAUCAAGCUGUACAGUCCAAGCAGUCAACAAAUUGAGAGGCAGAAUUUUGUACGAUUGUUGCGACACGCUGGUGGCAAGUUGAACGAACAAAAGGCACAGGCACUCUUCUUUGCAUUGGACGUUGACAAUGUUGGCCACAUUUCAUUCGAUGCAUUUGCGCAGUAUACGGAAAAACAAACGAGCUACAAGUUUCUCUAUCACAAGUCCGAGCACAUAAGACGACCGAAGACCAACGCUGCAAAGACAACCACUGUCACAUCCAACUGAGCCUAAAAUUAGAAAAUGCUUUUUGGAGGCUGCAACAAACACAUUUAAGCUGUUCUAUAGUUAUACGAGAGCUGUGCCAUAGGCAACAAGCGGCAUAUGGGGCAACCGGCAACGUAAGAGAGACACAGAGAGAGAGAGAGAGAGAUAUAGAGAAAAAUAAGAAAGCAAAAGCAAGAGGGUAGAUUAACGUAGUACAUUGGAAAUGAAAGCAAAGUCAACAUCAACUUAAGCUUAAAGUUCAAUUGUAAACUAUAUACAUAUACAUAUAUUUUGUAAUAUUUAACUUAUUUAUUGUGUACGUGUUUGUUGCCAACUGUAUUUAGAUUUGUUAAGCUUGAGGCAGAUAGAAGAAAUAUGCUGGAGAUAUGCUAAGAAAUCGAACUCGAUCUGUCUGCACAUAAUUUUAAAACGAUUAACCCUUAUGUGUACUUGUACUUUAACACUUAACGCAAGUCAUUUCAUUAUUGUGAUUCUACUUAUAUACAUACAUAUACAUAUGCAACUAUCUAUCUAACUAUCUACGUAUGUAUCUUUAGCCAACAGCAAACACCAAAAGACUUGUAUUCCAUGCCCACAGCAAGAAACCCUUUUUCUAUUCUUAACAAAGCCAUACCUCCGUUAUUCUUACCAUAGUCAGCCAGUAAAUA